UCGUGCGCGCGUGGGCGGCGCGAGCUGAGCGCGGUCACCGCGGUGCCGAGCGAGCGCCCUGACGUCCCGGCCGGCGGGCGGCGCAACACUUUUUAUUUUAGUGCGCCCCGGCGACUCGCUCCUUGCUGCCAUCUCUAUCGUCGCCGUCACUCUUCUUGUUGUUCUUCUUCUCUACCCUCACCCUCCUCGUUACUCCCUGCACCGCGGACCGACGGGACGAAGCCACCGACCUCCGGAGGAGUGCGAGACGCGGGCGGACGGAGAUCUUCUUCUCCCCCCCCCUCGACCCCGGCGCCGCGACCAUGAAGAACGGUGGCGAGCGAGACUCGCCGGGGCUGGAGCGCGUGGACCUGAGUCCUGGUUGUCGGCAAGUGCAGCUGUGGCACUUCAUCCUGGAGCUGCUGGGCAAGCGCGAGUUCCGGCACGUCAUCGCGUGGCAGGGCGACUGCGGCGAGUUUAUCAUCAAGAACCCCGAGGAGGUGGCACGGCUUUGGGGAGCGCGCAAGUGCAAGCCGCACAUGAACUACGACAAGCUGAGCCGUGCGCUGCGGUAUUACUACAACAAAAGGAUUCUGUACAAGACCAAGGGCAAGCGCUACACCUACAAGUUCAACGUCAACAAGCUGGUGCUCUCAAACUACGGCGGGGUGGAUCCGCGGAACAAGGUGGGCCCCGUCCCAGCCAGCGCCCCUCCUGUGCCGGCGAUCAUCAGCCACUUUUACUUCCCCCCGCUGGAAGGAGGCGGGGGUGAUGGUUCCGACCCGGGCCCCGGUCCGGCUCCACACCAACACCCGUUCCUGCCUCCCGGGGGGCCCGCCGACGACUCGGCCUCCACCAAGUGCUCUGUGAUCACCCGGGGGCCCCACGCCCAUCCCGCGCGUGCCUACCCGCUGCUCUACCCCGGGGCCUCCCCUCUCGCCAGCCCCCAGCCUCCGUUCUCUCCCGGAUUCUCGCCCGCCAUCUCCCUCACCCCCAGCCACUUUAACUUCACCCCCUCGCCAUCCUGGAGCCCCGCGUUCGGCGGGCCCACGCACUUCUCGUUCAACCCCGACGACAUGCGGAGGUACUUGGAGGCGCAGAGCCGCUCGGUGUACAACUACCACCUGAGCCCGCGCGUGCCGCUCCCCCGCCCGCACGCGCACCUGCGUCUCCGGGACGACGACCUGCGUCUCCGGGACGACGACCUCCGUAUCCACGACGACCUCCGUCUCGUGAGCCACGAGCGUCUCUACGGCGAUGACCUUCGCGCGCCGCGUGGCGGCGGCGGCGGCAACGGCAGCGACGGCGGCGGCAACGGCGUCGGUGGUGGCGGCGGCAACGGCGUCGGUGGCGACGACGCCCCCAGCGUCACCCUGAAGCUGCAAGCGCCCCCUCCGGGAAGGAAGGGCCGGCAGAGCGCGGGCGAGGACGAGCCGCCGCACGCGGACAACGCGUACAGGUGCUACGGCGCGGGCCACCGGCAUUCCGACGCGGACGCCUACCCGGCGAGCAACGGCCACCCCUCGGCGCUCCGCGUCAAAACGGAGACGGCGACCGAAGUGAAGACGGAGGCGGAGGACGCCGACGACGUGGACAUGGACGCGGCGGACGACCGCCACGGCGCCGGCUCGUCGACGGGCGAACGGAAAUCCGCGUGGAGACCGAGGCAAGCCGAAGCUUACCCGGACGGGGGCCGGCAACGCUCGGAGCCCAGCUCCCCCCGCCCGUCGCCGCCCUCCCCCUACGGCGCCCCCCCGCCCGCCGCGGCACCGCGGCCGCCGACGCCGUCCCCCGACGCGCCCCUCUCGUCGUCCCUGGACGCGCGCGACCCUCGCACGCCCCUCGGGAGCGCCACGAUGCCGCUGAAGCUGCGCUUCAAGCAGCGGUGGUGGAGCGAGCAGCGGGCGGAGGCGGAGGAAGCGGGCCGGGGUGUCGCCCGGGCCGACGCGGCGUUCGACACGGGCAAGCUGCGCCUCACCCUGCCCGACUCGCCGCUCGCGCUCAAGUGAAGGGACGUCCGUCCCGUCGUGAACCCGUUGACUCCGCAUCACGGCGCACAGUACAAUCAGACUCAAACGUCGGGCACAGUCGGGUCUUGACACUGAAAAACAUCCGCUCCGAUUUCGGUAACUGUGUCAGGUGUUGGGGAAUGCAGGAUUUUUUCUCUCUCACGUUUAACGAGUAAUGUAACACAUUGACAGGGUUGUAAUUGUGCCGAGGAGUGCCCUGUGGGACAACGGGGCACUUGCACUGAUGGACAACACUGGCCGACCUCACUGGGACAGAAAUGCAUGUUGACGAACAUGUUGAUUGAUUGAAUGUUUUCGUAGCAGAACAAACAUUUCACGUGCUUUCAAUGCAAGCUACACUCAAGUUUGUGAUUUGGCUACAGGGAAGCUCAUACUUUGCAGCCAGCCUCUCUGCUCACCAGCCAGCCUUUCCACUAUCCUGUCAGCCUCUCUGCUUGAUAACCAUCCAGCCUGUCAAGUAACCAGCCAACCAGUCCACAAAACAGAAAGCCAGUCUGCUAACCAGCCAGUGUUUCGCCAGCCAGUCAGUCUACUAACCAGCAGAUCGGUCUGAUAACCGGCCAGCCGGCCAACGCAUCAGGCAAUGACAUUAGCCACGUGUUUACACGGCCAGACCCAUUAGGCCAAUUAAGCACCCAUCCGCCUCCUACAUUAACUAUUCAUCCAGAAACACACGUGGGUGUGCCAGAGCAUGUUCACGGCAUGCUCCAUGCAACAAGCGUCCGGUAACACGUCUCUGUCAGUCCUCUCCUUCGACCACACAACGAUGCCGGGUAAACACCCCAGCCAGUUAAUUGAAGGCUGCUAAGCACGCACGUCAUGCCUUAACGUUUGUUUUUUAGCACCGUAGUGUGACGAUUUCUUACGUAUACUAGAGGUGGGAUGGUCGUCAGAUUUACCAAAGUCCACUUCGUAGGCCAACCAAUCAAAUCAUCCUCGGAAAAAAACCCCCGAAAGGAUCAUUUGAUCCAAAAGUUAUGCAAUCGCUAAUUCGUCACACUUUUUGAAUACGUGACGAGGCCGAACGAGCCGCAUUGCAUUGCUCCACCCCAACCCCACCCACCCACCCCCGAUGUAUCGUCCCACCCCUAGCCGUGCGCUCGUCAUGGUGCUGCUGCUGCUGCCCCCCAUGCAGUGGGAGGGGGGACGUCUGCUUUAGCUGUAAAGCUGUUUCUACUAUGUGCAAUACGACGCGCGUGUGUGCCCGCCCUGCCCAGCUCCGUUAACGCUUUCAUUCUGCUUUGUGUUGGAUGGUUUUUGAAUAUUCUUUGUAUUACGUGGUAUAGAUUGGAGUCGCUUUUGUUGUUAAUUGAGUGGCGAAUUUGAGUAGUUAUUUUUUCUCCCGAGGGGCAGGAUGUGAUGAACGUUGCGCAUGCUGCCGCUAAUGCCUUACGUAACUCCACAGUAGGAACACUGCUCACUAAACAUUUCUUUGCUUUGUAUCGCCUAUUGAAUCUGUCGUGUAACUGGUAUAACCAAUGUUUUUCUGACAUUUUUUUGUUUAUCGGUUUAUAAGUUGUAUAGGUGGUGGAGCUUUUUGUUGUUGUUCGGUUUUGUGAUUAUGUAAUCAUGUGGGAGGUUUUUUUUUGGGCCAGCCUCCAAGCUCACAGAGAUUGGAAAGUGCAGCAGAUGGGGGAAUAAUGCCCCGACUGUUGUGCCCGACUCGCGUACAGUGUGUGUGUGUGAGGAAGCUCUUUAUGGAACAUAACUGAGGCCCUUUUGUUUGACAGUGGGGUGGAGCCCCCUGGGUGAGACCCCAUUUGGAGGGCCGUGCCAACAGUCGGGGAGAGGUUUGGGGGGGGGGCGUUGGGGUUUAAAGAGUCGGGUGGACGAUGGUAAACGCUUUGGGUGCAGCAGCAGUUUGAACGGCUGACUUCGUCGUAUUUGGUUCCUGUAAACGCAGUGAUGACUAUUGACGAUGAUUGCGUAGCGUGUACAUUAUAUUAAAACUCGCAAGUUUUUCAAUGUACGUACACGGUGCUUGGUAUGUAUUUUGUUUUAAAGCAUUACCUUUUUUUCCGGAAACAAUGGAAACAUAAAUGUGCACAUUUCCUAAGAGUUUACAUAAAAAAAACUAGGGCACAGAUUUUUAUUACAUCUAUUUUGUAAUAAAGUAAAUUGUUUUUCCUUUGGA